UCCCCAGCGCCCGUGUGUGUGUCACCCUCAGUCUCCGGGGACCGAGGCGGAGCUCACAACAGCCGUCCCCACCCGAAGCGCACGCAGUCCCGGCUACCGGCUCAGCCGAGUCCUCUCAGCGGGACGGCGAUGGAGCGUUGGGAGCUCGAGAGGCAGGCGGAGUGCGGGCGAAGGAUGGAGAGCCAUCGCCCGGAUGGGGCCAUAGGGACCCAGCGACUCCCGCGCGUCUCACGGCAGAUCCAGGCUUGGGAACCCCCCCGCCGCGAACCCCCAGCUUCAAAGGAGAGUAAACCCCUGUGUGUGGCGGAGGGGAGGAGACCCGAUGCAGCGACUCCCCACAGCGCACCCCGUUCCCACUCCCACCCGCGGAGCUUGGCCACGGCUCUCGCGGGCCUGUCCGCAGCAAGGCUGGGUUCUUGGAGUCGAGCGCGUGUGAGGUUGCGUGUCCAGCUGGGGGUGUGCGAAUGUGUGUCCGAGUUUUUGGUGCUCUGGGGGAUGGUGGCGGAAUGUCCCCGCCGCCAGGUUCGGGGCCAGGCGCCUGUGGCACUGACUAUGUCCCCAAGCGCCGGCCCCAGGGUGAGGGCAUCCCGUCAUUACAAUCCAGGGACACCGAGGGGCACAUACUCGCGGAGAGCGAAGGGAAAAAGUUUGCUGCAAGUCCAAACUUCGGGCUCCAAAGGCUCCCGGCGCGCGCCCCCUCCCACCACAGACUCGACCCCGGUCUCGCGCCAGCCUCGCUACUCGAUUGGCACCCCGACGCCCGACAUCGAAAGUUGCGCCAGGCGGCCUGGGCUUAUUGAUUUCUCUCCCCGCAGCAAUCGCCCAGAGCGCAGAGCCGGGAGCGAAGGGGCCGAGGGGAAGACGAUCUUGCCUCCCCGCCGCAGCCGCUGCCACCCCCCACCCUCAUUUGACUUAUGGAAAUGGACCCGAGCCUGUGGGCGCCGCUGCCGGAGGCCCCCGCCCCCAACCCCCACGCCGGCCGGUGAACCCUCCCCCCCACGCCAGAGCCCAGGGGGAGAGAGGCUGAGAGCGGAGGGCUGGGGGAGAUGCACGUGGAGCCUGGAGGUGGAAAGUAGUUUUUUUUUUCCUUUUUUUCUUUUUCCUUUUUUUUUUUUUUUUUUUUGUGCUGGUUGUUGUUGUUGUUUAAAGUGGCGGAAACAAGGCAGGAGGCAGCUUGGGAAAAAGUGGAGCAGAAAUGGAAAAAUACAAACUCACCCGCUGCAAAUGGUCUCUCGGUGCAAACUAAGGUGUUUUCGGGCCUUUCCCCGCGCGCGCCCACUCCCGCCCGCGCGCGCACCCCCGCGCACACACUCACUCGCGCACACACGCGCGCACACACGCACUCCCGGACGAGGGCCGGGCCGCGCGAGUACAGCAUGCAACCGCCACACAAUAAAUAACAAUAGAUUCCUCCGCUCCGGACUAGCUUUCCGGAGCCCAGCCAGCGCCAGUGGCGGCGGCAGAAGCGCGGGGAGCACCGACCCAGGGGCGCUCCCCAGCCCGCCUCCCGGCCUCCAGCCAGGGCCCCCUCGCUGCCUCACGCGCCCCCAAGCCCCCCCCAGCGCCCCUAGAGCGCGAGCCACCGCUGCCCCCUCCCUGGGCCACACGGGCGCUAGUGCCCACCCUGCUACCCCCGCCUCCCGGAACAAAUAAAUAAAUAAGGCGCGCUAGAGAGGCCAACACGUCGCGGAGGGAGAUGUUGUUAUUUUUUGCUGUUGUGCGUCCCUGACGUCACAUCCACCUGCUGGGUAAACAACAAGGCUCGCAGCAAAAAAAAAAAAAAAAAAAAAAAUCGCAAUUGC